AUGCCCCAACUGACCGAACCCGCCAACCUCCCUCCUCAACCCUUCAACCAGACCGACUUAGUCUUCUUCAACACAACCCUCCGCCAAACCUUUCACAUCACUACACCAUCCACUUACCUCCGUCUCCGCCUCUCCAACGCCUUCGGUGGUGCAAACCUUCCCAUCACAGCCGCUACAAUCGCCGUCCCAUUGGCAUCGGGAAUUGGGAAUGGAAACUUGACAGGCUCGAGUCUCAUCAAUACCACGACUGUCCAGCAUCUCACCUUUUCAGGAGAAGCGGAGAUAUCGAUUCCGCCAGGGGCGCUGGCUGUGUCUGACCCGAUCUACUUUCCCGUGCACGCGAAUCAAAUCUUAUCCAUAUCGCUAUACCUCGCCAAUGGACAAUCAACUCAAAGCAUCACGUCCCAUCCCGGCUCCCGAACCUCCUCCUACCUUUCCCGCGGGGACUGGACAGCGUCCAAGAAUCUAACAGAUUCUUCCACACAAGAAGUAUUCCACUGGUACUUCAUCUCCGCCCUCGAAGCUUGGUCCGAGCCUGCCGUGUCGAGCUUUGUAGUAGUAGGCGAUAGCAUCACCGAUGGACGUAGUUCCUACAACAACGCCAAUGGUCGCUGGACAGAUCUCCUCUUCAACCGUCUGCACUACCACUCGUCCUCAACCAACAACCCGGCGCUGGGCAACAUCGCAGUAUCGAACCAAGCCGCAGGAGGGAACCGCGUUUUGGCGGACGGCGCGGGACCCUCAGCGUUGAGUAGGAUUGAACGAGAUGUGAUUGCACACCCUGGGGUGAAGUACGCGAUGACUCUUGAGGGUGUUAAUGAUAUCGGGACUGCAAUGGCUACGAUGGAAGCGCAGCGGGUGGUGGGCGAUGCCUUGAUUCAGGCGUAUAAGCAGAUGUUCACAAGGAUGCAUACGGCGGGUAUUGCGGUGUUUGGGGGUAAUCCGCUGAGGGAGGAGACAAGGAUGAGGGUGAACGAGUGGAUUAGAGGGAGUGUUGGGAUGGCUGGAGGGUUUGAUGGUCUGGUCGACUUCGAUGAAGUGAUGAAGAAUCCGAUAAAUUCGACGGAGAUGAAUCCGCUGCUGAACUCAGGGGAUUGUCUUCAUCCUAAUCCUGAGGGAUACCAGGUCAUGGCUGAUGCGUUUCCGGUAGAGCUGUUUGAGAAGCUUGAAAAAGGGAGUGAGUACAUUUGUGUAGUACCUGAUUGA